AUGACUUCUCCAAAAAUUCAAAAGGAUAUUGUGAGUUCUUGUGCACAAGAAAUCGUGAAAGCUAUAAUUGCUAACUUGGAUGGAGAUUUUUUUGGAAUAUUAGUUGAUGAAUCUAAAGACAUAUCACACCAUGAACAGAUGGCCCUUUCUUUGAUGUAUAUUAAUAAAAAAGGCAAAAUGAAUGAGCGAGUUAUUGCUAUUGUUCGUGUUGGUGAUACAUCUGCACAAUCAUUGAAGGAAACACUAUGUUGUUUGAUUUUGAGACACUCUUUGAGUACAUCUAAAUACGUGGACAAGGCUAUAAUGGGGCUACUAUUGCCAAUUUUUUUACUUCUGGACAACUUCUUUGCUAUUAUUGCUAACGUGUUGAAUGUGGUUGGAUCAUCAUUUAAGCGUAGAGAUCAACUUCGGGACCAUCAAACAGAGACGUUGGAACAACUACUAGAAAGCGGUGAGGUUCAAAUUGGAAAAAAGUUUGAAUCAAGAACGAGGGAUUCAAAGACCAGUGAAUUUGAAUUUUUUUUCUUGAUUCAUUUGAUGUUGAAAAUAUUGGUGAUGUCAAAUGAGUUGAGUGCGGCAUUGCAGAGAAAGGAACAAGAUAUUGUUAAUGCCAUGAUAUUUCUUGACAUUACUAAAAGAGACUGCNCUAAAAAGAGACUGCAAUUGUUGAGAGAUGACGGGUGGGAAUCUUUGUUGAAUGAAGUUUCAUUAUUUUGUGAUAAACAUGAAAUUUUGGUACCUAAGAUGGAUGAAUUUUAUAUUCCUGAAAAUUCAAAGCAUAAGUCUUGUAGUGUUACUUAUUCACAUCACUUACGUGUUGAGCUCUUUUAUGCUAUUAUUGACUUGCAACUGCAAGAGCUUAAUAAUCGAUUUGAUGUUGUGAGUGGUAACUUACUUCUUGGUAUGGCAAGUUUGAAUCCGGUCAAUGCUUUUGCUAAUUUUGAUAAGGAAAAAAUAAUGAUAUUGGCCAAACAUUAUCCAGAUGAGUUUGGCUAA